GAAGUCCAAAGUCAGCCACGCGCGGGAAUGGCAGCAGGAGUGGGCUCCACCCUUAGUGGGUGGCGUUAUGCUGGGCCGGGCCCGUCGGAAGCCGAGUCCUAGAGGCUGAAACAGGCGAAUGAGAGGAAGAAAGGGUAGCUUUGCGCACCAAUAGCUGAGGCGUUCAGGGUUGUUUUGGGGCCGCUACCCUCACGUGUCUGGUUUCGAGUGCUGCGUUCGGUCGCACUAGGAAGUUGCGCGGACCGUGGCAGUGAGACACUUCCUGCGGAAGCCUCGGUUGGACUCGAAGGAGCUGCAACAUCCAGGGGACGACAUGCCAACUGCCAAGCAGCUAGCCGACAUUGGCUACAAGACCUUCUCUACCUCCAUGAUGCUCCUCACCGUGUAUGGGGGCUACCUCUGCAGUGUCCGGGCCUACCACUUUCUCCAGCGGCGCCGCUCCCGGCGCCAGGCCGCAGAAGAACAGAAGACCUCAGGAGUCCUGUAGAACUGGGGGUCUUUUUCUCCCGAGCAGAGAGGCCUGAGGCCUUACCUGCCAUCAUUUCCAGGUCAAGAGGACUAGGGCUUUGAUGAUUUUCAAACCCUGCUGGAAGAAAGUGCCCAUGGUUUCUCUGGUUCUGCCAGUCUGUGUCAGUUUGACAGUUUGUGGAGGCUGUUGAAUCGUAAUAGGAAUGUGAGAGUGAGGUACACCUACAGACAUUAAAUAUUUUGCCAUGUC